GGCCCGUCCCUAUAUAAACAGCUCUCCUCGCCGCGCCACAAGAGAACUCUCCUCCUUGUUCGUAAAAAAACAGAGAACAUCACAUCUACUGCCAAAGAAACAAGAGAACCAUCUCCACGUUCAGUUGUUAAUAUAUAGACAUGGAACGGAUGCACGCCAGGAGGCUUCUGUCGGCGGCGGUGGCGUCGACUGGGGAGCAGGUGGCCACGGCGCCCACGCCGCGCUCGGCGUCAGCCUUCAGCUCGCUGGACGCGACGGUGAUCACGAUCCUGUCGCUGCUCCUCUGCGCGCUCGUCGUGGCGCUCCUGCUCCACGCGCUCGUCCGGUGCGCGUUCCGCGUCACCCGGCGCGCGUGCUACGGCCAGGACGAGGAGCCCCCCGGGGUCGUCGAAACGGCCGCGCCGCGCGCCCGGAAGAAGGGGGGGAAGGGCGGCGCCGGCGCGGCCAUCCGGGCGCUCCCGACGAUGGCGUACUCGGCGGAGACCGAGCUCGCCGUGUGUGGCUCCACGGAGUGCACCAUCUGCCUCGCCGAGUUCGCGCCGGGCGAGCGCGUCCGCGUGCUGCCGGGUUGCAGCCACGGCUUCCACGCCCGGUGCAUUGACCGAUGGCUCUCCGCGCGGCCGACGUGCCCCACCUGCAGGCGGCAGCCGUUCGCCAAGCCCGCGGUUCCGACCCCGGCUGAGGAGCCGGCGCCCGUGCAGCUCCUGGUGAACGUUGACGCCGGACGGCCUGGGACGAUUUAAUGAACCUAGCUAUGUCACCUAUGUGAUGGAAUUGAAAACUGUACAGUACUACUAGUGAACAGUGAACCAUUUUUUGCAAUGCUGUUUGUCAUCUGUGAUACCGUGGAGAUGGUGGUCUUUUUUUCCUUUUUGUGUUGCUGUUGAGGUUAUACAACAACUACAAGUGACCAGGCCGGGUCCGGUGACCGAUACUAUGUGAUGCGAGUGAAACCACUUGACUAAACUUGUAUGCAAUUACAAAUAGAGGUUGUGAGUCGUGAUUCCGUUCA